AUAAGGAAGGAAGGCUAAACGCGAGCGCUUCUCAGCAUAAUGCGUCUUAAACCGGUCGAUGUUGUGUGUGUCGCCUCGUUAUAACGGAGCAUGGGCUGUGUCGCGUCCAGAACGCCAGUGGUGGCGGGCGAAGGGUUGCGCGUGGACUGGAGCGCGAGGAGCUCCUCCUCAGACCUCGUGCUGCUGGGAAACACGCGGACCAGUUUGGCGCGCGGCCUGGGCGGGACAUUUGGGCACUCGGACCGUUACCUCAAGGUAAAUGUUGAGGACAGCAACGACAUGUUACCUAAAUCCAGACGAGCUCUCACCAUUCACGAGAUCGCAGCGCUGGCUAGAUCUUCUCUUCACGGAAUCUCGCAGGUGGUCAAAGAUCAUGUGACGAAGCCCACGGCGAUGGCGCAGGGGCGCGUGGCGCACCUGAUCGAGUGGAAGGGCUGGUGUAAGCCCACGGACGCUCCCAGCGCUCUGGAGUCCCACCUCACGUCAUACUCGCAUCUGUCCGAGGGAGAGCAGGAGGCGCGCUUCGCUGCCGGGGUGGCAGAGCAGUUUGCCAUCGCGGAGGCAAAGCUUCGGGCCUGGUCUUCAGUGGACGGUGACGAGUCUAACGAUGAUUCUUACGAUGAAGAUUUUCUACCUGCAAACGAGCCCGUCACACAGAGCACAGAUCUGUCCUCGUACCCUCAUUACCUGCGGGAUCUCUUACACACUCAGGUGUGUCAGGCUCACCUGCGGGGUCGAGGUCUGUGUGAGGCCGAGAGCGGGGUGGGAGCUGACCUUUCACCUCCUGUGGGGUCACCGGGGUCACCGUCAGACACGCUCUGCUCCAGCACGUACAGCUUGGACGAGAGACACCCGUUGCUUCGGGACCUCGGGCGUCACGUGGACUCGCCCGCCGCAGAACUCACCGCCAAGAUCCUCAGCGUUCUUCAGGGAGGGGAGGAGCUACUGUUGGCCCGCCUACACAGGGCGGGGCAUCGAUUUGGCCACUCCCCCUGUUGCUUGGAAACAGAUUCCGAGACGUUCGAAGACACGCCUUGUAAGGACUGUGGAGGCGGAGUCUGUCUUCCGCCGGAAUAUUCCGUUCGCAGAAAACCGUCAGACGUGGUUUCGUCUGGCAUCGUGUCUCUCGACGAGGAAGACGUGGAGGAAGAAGAGCGAGAGGAACAGUGACGUCUCUCGGCCUGACGUGACGUGCAUGUUUAUAUUCGGACUCCGCCCACUAAUUUGCAUUUUGCUCCGGGCGUCACCUGCUCUCGUUGUUUGAACUCGUGUUUCUUCGUUAUCGACUUUGAACGCGAGACUGAAUCUUUGGUUCUCAGGCUCACGGGAAAAAAAAUGCAUCUUGACGAACUUAAAAUAAAAUCUUACGAGGUUUCGCAAAAAAAAAAGGAGGAACAUAAGACUGACGUCAAACUAAUUAUCGCUGCAUGUAUUGCAAG